AUGCAUUUCGUACCAAGAAUCCAUAUAUAUUUAAUUACAGUUAUUAGUUUAAGUCAUUUGUGUUAUACAAUACGCGAAUAUAAAAAAGAAGAUAUAAUAAAACUGCGAGAGGAGGUUCGUGAAAUGUUCCAGCAUGCUUAUGAUAGUUAUUUAAAAUAUGCAUAUCCAUAUGAUGAGCUGCGUCCAUUGAGUUGUGAUGGCAUGGAUACUUGGGGUAGCUACUCCCUAACUCUUAUAGAUUCCCUGGACAUGUUAGUUAUCAUGGGAAACUACACUGAAUUCAAUAGAGUGGUAGACAUAGUGUUGGAGCGAAAAGACUUUGAUACAGAUAUUAAUGUUUCUGUGUUUGAAACUAAUAUCAGAAUAAUUGGUGGUUUAUUGAGUGCACAUCUUUUAUCUCACAAGUCUGGUAUGAAAUUAGAGCCUGGUUGGCCAUGCAAUGGCCCGUUAUUAAGAUUAGCUGAGGAUGUUGCUCAUAGGCUCAUAGCUGCAUUUGAUACAACCACUGGUAUGCCAUAUGGUACAAUUAAUUUAAGAUCUGGAGUUCCACCUGGGGAAACAAGUAUCACUUGCACUGCUGGUGUGGGGACAUUUAUCAUUGAAUUUGGUACUCUAAGCAGGUUGACAGGGGACCCUUUGUAUGAAGAGGUUGCAUACAAUGCAUUGAAAGCUCUGUACCAUCAUAGGUCACCAAUUGGUUUGGUGGGUAAUCAUAUAGACGUGAUGACCGGCCGCUGGACAGCCCAGGAUGCUGGUAUUGGGGGCGGAGUGGAUUCUUAUUUUGAGUAUUUAGUUAAAGGCGCAAUAUUGUUGGAAAGGCCGGAAUUAAUGUCAAUGUUUAAUGAGGCACGUGCGAACAUUGAUAAAUAUUUGAAGAAAGAUGAUUGGUACGUGUGGGCCACGAUGCUGCGAGGACACGUCACCCUGCCCGUCUUUCAGUCACUCGAGUCCUACUGGCCUGGUGUACUGAGCUUAAUUGGCGAAAGCGAUACAGCUAUGCGAAUCAUCCAUAAUUACCACAGUGUAUGGAAACAAUAUGGUUUUACACCGGAAGUAUAUAAUCUUGGCACGGGGGAGGCAUCUUCGUCAAGGGAGAGUUAUCCCCUAAGGCCGGAGCUUAUAGAGUCAAUAAUGUAUUUAUAUAGAGAAACGAGAGAUCCGAUACUCUUGCAAAUGGGUGAGGAUAUUCUGAGAAGUAUUCAGCACAGUGCAUGGACACCAUGUGGCUAUGCAACGAUAAAAGAUGUCCGCGAUCAUCGCAAAGAGAACCGAAUGGAGUCGUUUUUCUUAGCCGAGACGACAAAGUAUCUUUACCUCCUUUUUGACCCGGAUAACUUUAUUCACAACCCGGGCGUGCACGGGACGGUGAUAGACACACCAAAUGGUGAAUGUAUUGUGGACGUCGGUGGAUAUAUAUUUAAUACCGAAGCUCAUCCAAUUGACCCGACAAUGUUGUAUUGCUGCCAUGAAGCAAGGCAAGGGAUAAAUAUCAGCGAAGUACACAGAGUAUACCAAAUGUUAGAAGAAGAAGAUAACAUACACUUCAUGACUAUGAUAGAUAAAGCAACAGAAAAAACUGUAACUCAAAUGAUAUCGGAGCCUAUGGAAGCUCAAACAAUCACAGAAACAGAUACAUUACGGGAUACAAGUAAAAAUGAAGUGUUCAUCAAAACAGAGACAAGAACGGGCUACGUAAACAUAGACGGUACGGAGAGAGAGAAAACCAAAAAUGAAACAAAACUAAGCGACGUUUUGAAAGAUCGUAUCAACAAUUUCUAUAACAAAACAGAUAAUGAAGACACAAAUCAAGAAAAUUUCACUGAGAAAGUCGAUGUGGACGAUAUUAUCAUCCCCGAAAAACAUGAAGAUAAAUUAGAAUUGCCGAGUUCAACGCGAGCGAAGGAAACAAUGAAAUUGCUGCCCAAAGUAAUUCUGGACUUUUUAAAUAACGACUGGAAGACAAAGCACAAAUGCGAACCGCAGCACAUGUUUGAGAGAAUGAGACGAGAGAAUAAAUAUCCGAUUCACCCAGAUGUGGACAAGUUCGAACUUUUGUUGACGCCGGUGCCAUCUUUCUUACAACGAAUAUCGUUAGCUGGCGAGUUUUUAAAUAAAAAACAAUUAGAAGUAUAG